GGACCUGUACUCGUUUUUGUCGUUUUAACUCUUUCUCUCUCGGCCCCUUCCCUUGCUCUUCCUUCUUCUUAAAUUUUUGCUUGUUUAGACUAACUUCCUCCACCUCCCCUUCAGCCUUCUUGAUUAUUGCAGCAUAACUAUUAUGACUGGACCCUAUGGCGGAUCAGAGGGAGCAGAUCAAACCGCUCCAACUAGCAACACCGCGGCUGAUAGUCCUUGGUCAGAUGGACCUGGGCGUCGACAAAGCUCCAGUAGCUCAUCCGAUACAGAAAGCAAAACCCAGAACGGUAACGCACUACUGCCAUCUCCUCCACCACAACAACAAGAACAACAACAACAACAACAACAGCAACAGCAACAGCAACAGCAACAGCAACAGCAACAGCAACAGCAACAGCAGCAGCAGCAUCGCCCACCGUUUACGUCCAACGACACAGACGAACCAGGCACGCGAUAUUCUACCGAUGAUGAAUCGGCAACGUUGCACGGUUCGAUUCCGCCCGACGAAAUCCCGUUAGAAGCACUGGCAGGCAAAGGGCUGGUAACAAAUUACGCUGAUGAUCAAUUCGACUGGGCAGGAGGCGAUGAAGAGGAUGAAGACGAAAUAGUAGACAAGAACAAGCGCAAGAAGCAAUCGGGGAUCAUUUUGUGCUUAUCACGCAACUCAUCGUAUAUUGCAUGGUCGCUUCUUAUCCUGGUGGCGCUUAUCUUCAUUGCUGUGGAUGUGGCGGUCUUUGUUGUUUACCGAGACAACGUGUCCAUGGUGUCAUAUAACCUGCAGCUCUGGUUUACUUGGGCGGCGUUCAUGUGGUGCUUAAGCAUGCUGCUGCAAGUGGUAGUGGAGCUCGUGCCUUGGGCUAUCAAACGUCUUGUAGGCAUCUUGAGACCGCAGUCUACCGAAGUAUUACGUAUGCGCUUGGCUUACUACAUGGCCUUACGACUCUACAUCAAGUUUUUGAUGAUUUCGGCAUGGAAUUGGGGCUCCUGGGCAUUUAUUCGGGACCAAAUCGCACUACCGGCGGAACAAGCAGGCCCGCCGAACUACGUGAAUGUCCUAUUCAAUAUUUGGGAAUGCGUUUUCUUUUUGGCGCUUCUGCUUUUUAUUGAAAAAUUUCUCCUGCAAUUGAUUGUGACCUCUUUCCACAAGAAAGCAUAUGGCUCGCGUAUCGACGAAAAUGAUCAUGCGCUGAAGAUUUUAGACAAGCUCAAGAAAAGCACGACAAAGCGCAAGAUGCCCCAAGAAUUCAUCUUAAAACGGAUUCGGCGGAAUAAGCAGGACAAAUCGUCCAGCAAACCCAGCCGAAAUGCAACGAUGGAUGAUGGCAAGCAACAACAAGGGCAACAACAACAGGAUGGCAGCAAGACUCAGUCAAUCAUGCGUCCUGACGAACACGCCAGCAGCAACAACAAUGCAGCGCGAGCUGCUGGAGUACAUUUUCCUUCUUCCGAAAAGAUGGAUACAUUGAUCGCUAUACCUCCAGUCGAUGAUCGAUAUGAGGGAGCUGACGACGAGAAGCAUCGUGAAGUGAUCGCAGAGGCCGAAAAUGUGAUGCCGGAGCGGCAACAAGGACAACGUCCUAAUUUUAAAGAUCAACGAAGAGGCUCGUCUAAUGAUUUUUUCAAAAACUUGACACGCCAUUUACGAGAUGUCAGCAAGUCAGAUAAUAAGCAGCAGCAGCACCAUCUGGAAAGAGAAUUUCAUAACCAGGAUGCUGCUUCUCCUCCAACUUUAAGCCCUCCUCGAUCUGGCACCACCACACCUCGUCCAGGAUUCUCGCGCAGCAGCACUUGGGCAUCCACUAUCACCAAAAACAUCAAUGACAAAAAGGCGUUUAUGAAAAAGAAGAACCAGCCGCCUCAAGCACAUCAUGGACGAUCGCACCAGGCGAAAGCUCUGGCGAAAAAGAUUUAUCACAAUAUAGUUGGCACGUCGGGGCGCGAAGACAUUACAGAAGUGGAUUUCUAUCCUUAUUUUCGUACAAAUCAAGAAGCCGCAGACGCUUUCCGGAUGUUUGACCGUGAUGGCAAUGGCACCAUCAGCAAAGCCGAAUUGCGUUCCACGUGUGUUAGAAUUUACCGGGAACGCAAGAACCUAGCGACUUCGAUGCGCGAUCUUUCCCAAGCUACGGGAAAACUUGAUAUUAUUUUGAUCGUCAUUUUUACGCUUAUCUGGUUGAUCGUUGUUUGUGCCGCUUUCGGUGUGAAUGUCGGUACAGAUCUAAUGCCCUUAUGGAGUGCCUUCAUUGCGGCCAGUUUCGUGUUUGGUAAUAGCGCAAAAGACGCCUUUGAAUCGAUCAUUUUCAUUUUUGUCACGCAUCCGUUUGACGCUGGAGAUCGCGUCCUUAUUGGUCCAGAAAACUGGGUAGUCGAUCGUGUCGGCCUUCUUGUCUCAACCUUUAUAAAUUGGGAUGGCUCUAUUGUUUACGCCAAAAAUUCUGUGCUUUCAACACAAUAUAUCAUCAAUGUACGACGUACUGGCCCCAUGGGCGAAUCUCUCCAAAUUCAUAUUGCAUUUACCACACCGUCCUGGAAGAUCCACCGUCUUCGAGAACACAUGCAGCAAUGGGCCAACCAAUAUCCUGCGUUGUACCGGGUCAACUCGACAUCCGCCAAUAUUUUAACAUUUGAAAACCAGAACCGACUGACCAUGUCCUUCUACUUUGAGCAUACGCGAAACUGGCAGGAUCCAGGAGGUCGUUGGUUGCGUCAUAAUAACUUUAUGAUGGAGCUCAAGGAAGAAUGCGAACGACUUGAAAUCAGCUAUGUGCUACCAUCGCAGCCAUUCGAAAGUAACAAGGAACAUCAAGAUGUAUCCGACAAGUACAACAUCAACAUCAAUGACGAUGACGACGAUGCUGAUGAUGACGAUAAUCAGUCUUCAGGAGGUUCCAAAGGUUCCGCAGCAAAUCGUUUGCAUAUGAGGCGUCAAAAUGCUGAAGGCGCUGUCCGUGGCCCAACCACAUCAGGUGGUGCAGCAUCAGGUGGAGGAAAUGGCACAGGAAAUGCUGCAGGAGCAGCAGCUGGUGCGGCUGCAACUGUUGCAUUCACAACUGGAUUCAUGUGAAAAGCAAGAGAACCUCACUAAAAAUAAUAAUACUAUCCAUGUUUAUUAUGUCUUCUGCAUUGUAUAUCAUAUUCUUAUCCCCGUAUUAACUUUUAAUAACUAAAACCGAAUGGAGGCAAUACAUUUCUG